AUGUUUGGCAACACAGCAGGCGCCUCGUCGACGGGCGGAACAGGCUUUUCUUUUGGAGGCUCCAAUGCCUCGAAGCCUACAUUCUCCUUCGGGAACACUCAAAAUAGUGCUCCAGCUGGGUCACAGCCCAACUCCACAGGUACUCUGUUUGGGGCCAAUAACAACAAUACAACGGGCUCCACAAACCUCUUUGGAGCCAAUUCGAAUACAAACAAUGUGUCAACGGGAUUUGGAAACACAAACACCUCGACUUCUGGAGGAUUGUUUGGAAAUAACACCACCUCUGGCGGGUUAUUUGGCCAAAACAAUACAUCCACCGCAUCAAAACCAGCAAUCUCGUUUGGCAAUACUGCAAACAAUUCCAAUCAAUCAGGGACCUCCGGAAACACAGGCUUCUCGUUUGGAGGAACAUCGAAUACUCAAAACAAUACGCAAACGGGCACCCAACCAGGAAGUCUUUUCGGAUCCUCCAGCACUUCUGCUCCUUCCACAAAUACCGGAUUCUCUUUUGGAGGUGCCAACAAUUCAGCCAAUAAUACAUCCAAUACUUCAACCAGUCUAUUUGGAAACAAAUCUGGAGGGCUGUUUGGACAGCCGUCUCAAACCACCGGCACAGGCUCUUCUCUAUUCGGAGGAAAUCAGCAAUCAGGCUCGGGUGGACUUUUGGGCAACCAACAGAAUACUUCCGGCACAUCGGGUAGUCUUUUUGGUAACCAACCAAGCAGCAGUCUAGGAGGCACAAGCAGUCUUUUCGGCAACCAACAGAACACAUCAGGAAUGUCUGGAGGGUUAUUUGGCAACCAGCAACAAAAUACAAAUCUCAACCAGCCUCAACUGCCUCCGUUAAACCCUAUGACCAAAGUGAGCGAUCUUCCGGAGGCUUUCCAAAAAGAGCUGGAGCAGCUAGACCAAUACAUCCAGACUCAGGUGGCCAUAGCUGAGCGACUAAAGAACGACGAGGAUGAACACAAAGAACUCAUCAAUAGCAUUCCUAGAGACAUUGAUUUUCUUGAGAAACGCUACUUUUCUACUAACCAGGCCCUCAAUAGUGACCUGAAGUUUGUGGAAAGCUUCAAAAACAAGACGCUCGAGAACUUUGACAACUGGGUAGAAAAACUAAUAAAGGUCUAUUUACAGCUGACCAAUCCAAUGAUCCUGGGAAUGUCUAACAACGAGCAAGCAAAAUCUGCAGAUGGCACGGUAACACAAAUCAUUGGAGUUAAUGGAGUCAGGACCGCAGGCCUUUUGCAAUCGCAGCCCUCCAAAUCACAGCAGCUGGACAAAGAUUCUCAUGUGAAUGUCCCUCAAAUUCUCAACAGCUACUACAGUGCCAAGAUCGAAGAGUUCAGACAAAACAUUGACAAGUACCAGCUAAUUCUGCAAGAGGUAGAGAACUCCAUUAGCGAUCUAGAUAAGGUUUCUUUGAGCGGAGGCCCAGCCGUUGGUUCAUAUGGACUUGAUAUGAUUGUCAGCACACUGAAAGAAGAAUUCCAGCUGUACGUGGAGCUAGCCAAUGAGUUUGCAGAAGUUCACCAUCAGGUUAAAAGGCUCGAUGACGGGUCAAUAUAG